AUGUCUCGGUGGUCUCAGUUUAGCACCUUAGGCCGGGGAGCUGGCUAUGUUCUCACCAUUGCUUUCCUCCUGCAAAGACUAUGUGUGCGGUUCUGGAGUAAGACUCAUCUUUGGAACCUCCAGCGCUGCUCCACAGAUCUGAGAGGGAAGACUGCAGUAGUGACGGGGGCCAACAGUGGCCUGGGAAAGGCUGUGUCCCUGGAGCUGGCACGCCGAGGGGCCUGUGUGAUCCUGGCCUGUCGCAGUCGUGAGCGUGGACAGCGAGCCCUGGCUGAGAUCCGAGCAGCCACAAGGGGCAACAGCCGUGUUCUGCUUGGCAAGGUGGACAUGAGCUCUAUGACCUCUAUCCGGAGCUUUGUCAAGUGGCUUCUGCAGGAGCAUCCUGAGAUACACCUGUUGGUUAACAAUGCUGCAGUUUCUGGAUUACCCAAGACACUUACCCCAGAGGGUCUUGAACUCACGUUUGCGACCAACUACAUGGGGCCUUUUCUGCUCACAAAUCUACUCCAAGGGGCCCUACAGCGGGCAGGGUCAGCCCGGGUGGUGAAUGUGUCUUCCUUUCGGCAUGCAUGUGGGUACAUUGAUGAGGAGCACCUGACAGGGGCCGGUGCCCCCUUGGCCUUCAACCAGCACUACGACUGCAGUAAACUGCUUUUGGUCUCAUUCACUGGGGAGCUCGCCCGGAGACUUCAAGGGACAGGUGUGACUGUGAACAGUGUGGAUCCAGGUGUUGUAUACACAGACAUUAUGAAGAAUUUUUCUUAUAUGUACCGCUUCAUCUUCUGGCUCUGCAGCUUCUUUAUUAAGGAUGCCAAACAAGGAAUGAUCCCAGUCCUCUAUUUGAGCUUGGCAAAGGAGCUGGAGGGCAUUUCUGGAAGAUAUUUUAGCAGUUCCUGUAUGAUAACUCUUCCCAGUGAAGCUGGUCAGGAUCCUCAUGUGGCCCAAAGCCUCUGGAAUGCUUCAGUUCAACUAACAAAGCUAGAUCAGAUGGGCUGAGCCUCUCUCUGACUCUGGCCUUAACUUGCCACCCUCACCCAAACUCCCAGCCCUUACUCUGAUUAUGCCUUUUGUUUGUUUCUUCAAGGAUCAAUCACUUUGUCCAGUAGAAUGAUCAUUUCUUCUUCCUGUUGGGUCAGAUUUAUUAGGCCAGUGACAGUUUCAGUUUCUUCUUUCUUGUCCAUUCUCCAAUGGAAAUAUUCAUCCUUUGAAUGCAAGGAUUUCCAAACCUAUUGAGUCCCAGAUGGUGGUGACAGGGAGUUAGACUU